AUUCGUUUUAUGUCAACUAUAAAGACCUAAAAAAAGAAAAAGGAACCCUAAAUUUUCAAUUCUUUCUUAGCAGCCAGACCUUCAGGUUUCUCUCUCUUUUGUCAGUAGAAAAAAAUCAAAGACCUUGUUUGAGUGAGCAUCAAUGGAUCCGCAGCCUGAACCUGUUCAAUACAUCUGUGGAGACUGUGGGCAAGAGAACACACUGAAGCACGGCGAUGUGAUACAAUGUCGGGAGUGUGGUUACCGCAUUCUUUACAAAAAACGAACCCGAAGAAUUGUUCAGUAUGAAGCUCGCUGAAAGUGGAGUUUGGAGAUUGGGAGGGCAUAAGCACUCAUGCGGAGGAGAAAUAAUUGGUUGUGUUUUAUACAUGAUUUUGAUCAUAUCAAGUGUGAUCCGGGAGGUUAAGCUUGAUCCUAGUACCAAAGUGAUGUCUAUUGUGACUUAGGACAUCGAACAGUUGGUUCUUCUAAGAACCGUCUUUGGUUUACGUUUCUGCUACUGCGUUAAGUUACUUCUGGUCAAAUUGUGAACUUUAAAUCCUCGUGCAUUGGUUCCUUUUAUCAUUGUUUUCUGUACUAGCCACCUCUGCAUUGCAGUGAGGUUAAGGAUACACAUGGAAUACAUGAUCCGAAUUUGAUUACCCGAA